AGACUUUAAACUGGGACAAAUAUAUAUGUAAGGGCAAAAAAAACACAAAAGAGAGAAAACAAUUUAGAGAAAAAAAAUUAAUGUCAAACUCGAGGACAUGGAUCAUCUCUUCAGGAUUAGUCGGAGCCAUAUCACUGAUGCUCCGAUCGGUAUUGAACUUCUCCUUCACCGGAGCUCGCUUCUUUCUCCCUACUAAUUUACACCCUAUUUUCAUCAUCAGCGGCAUCAUCUUUGCCCUCGCAGCCUCCAGUUCACUCUUCGGCAACGGAUCUGACUCUCCGGCCACAAAUUAUCACCAUGAUGAUGAUACCUAUCAUUAUGAACAAGAUCAUCAUCAUGACCAGGACCAUGAUCGUGGUCGUGACCAAGACCGCGAACGUUAUUCUAACAACUCAUCCAACUCCUCGUUUGAUCAAUACAAUAAUAAGGUUCACGAGAAAGAAAAGUUUUCGGCCGUGAGAUCAUCAGAGAGGGGAGGAUCUUAUGGAGUUUCUUCUCCGGAGAUUCGUUUUCCGUCCACGGCGCCGGAGAAACCCGUCGGUCUUCGACGUCCACCUACUGCUCCUGUAAAGACUUUUCGACAAGACAACACAUCGGGUGACGAUAGCGAGACCAUGGAGGAGAUGUGGGAGAGAGUCAAAGCCGAAAAACAACCAAAGAAACCUGCUAACUCGUUGCAAAACCACGUCAUCUCCAGGGGAGACACAAAAAUGUCCACAUCUUCAUGGCCGUUGCCGUCGCUGUCACCGUCGCGAACGAGGAGGCCUACUCCCUCGCUGUCUUCGCUAUCGCCGUCAUCGUCGCGAGCGAGGAAGCCUCCUUCGUCUCCGGCGCGGCCGGGAAAGAAAUUGAUGGAGAGAAUUCCGUCGUGGGUGAAGUUGAAAAAAGAGUUAUCAAUGGGAAGAGAGGAGCUCAAUUCACGAGUGGAAGCUUUCAUUACAAAAUUCAAGGAUGAGAUGAAAUUGCAGAGGUUGGAGUCUGUAAGACGUUACAAGUCUUUCCGUGGUGACAACGAUGAAAAGUAAAAAAAAAAAAACUUUAUAAUCGACAUUUAACGGUGACUUGUCUUCAUUGUAUCAUAUAUGGUUAGAUGUAUGUUAUGGUCAGAUAUGUGUAUGUCUUUAGAUUUAGUUAUGUAAGUCGUGACCAAAGCCACCACAUAUUGCUAUAUUCAUCUUGUUUUUACUUGAUCACAUUGUCUAAAGUGACUAUAUGUGUAUCUCUCUAUAAUCAUUAUGGAAGUCAAGAUGGAUUUUAGUUC